AUGAAUAGCUUUUUCAAAUGUGCCAAUUAUCUUGGUUUAAAUAGGAGGUUGUUUUCAAAGAUUACAUACAAUGUGAAUAAAUUUGGCCUCCUUGAUUUGCAAUCUGUGACGGAUGUCUCCGUUUCAACGAUAGACUGCCAGACUCACCCUGACCAAAAUGUUGCUUUUGUACACUACAAAUGUUUGGACAGGAAUGAAAUGAAUAAAUUUCAAUCUUCUUGGAAAUUUGAUGUCCUAAAAAUAAGAAAUGGUAACGAACUUCCUGAACAUGCUACAUCAAUGUGUCAGAUUGAAAUUCCUGUAAAAUUUAAUGUAUUAUUAGAUUUGAUAAGAAAGGCAAAUGUUUCUGUGCAAAAUCUUCAAAAUGAAUGUGUGAACGUGAAACUUUUAGAUGGUUCAUGCACAAUUAAGGACUUAUUGACAGAUAAGUUGAAUAUUUCAGCCAGCGCUGGUGAUGUGGUUGCGAAAGGAUCUGUUCAGACAAAUGCUGUCAUUAACAUUAAAGGAACUGGGACUAUAAAUGCCGAGAAAAUCAUUGGAGAAACAUUUCAAGCAUCAACUAAUUAUGGAGAUGUUUGCAUCAACUCAUUGUACGUUACACAAUCUAACAUAACAACGACAUUUGGCAGUAUAAAAAUAGGCCAUGCCCAUAAAACAUUGAAUGUCACAAUUACUGAGCAAGGAUCACUCGAUAUAGGCAUUCAUUUGUUUUUUGUGGCUUCAGUUCGCUUGAUGGUGACCUCAAGGCAGAUAUAUGUAACGGAGACGUAA